AUGGAAAAGUAUAAAAGAAUAAGGAAAAUUGGAAAAGGUAAUUUUGGAGAUGUUUGGUUAAUAGAAGAUAAUAAGGGACGAGUAUUUGUAAAUUAAUAUUAAAUAGUAAUAUGCUAUGAAAAGAAUAGAUUUGAUGUUUGAUACAGUAGAUCCUUAAAAUGAAGUUAGUAUAAUGAAAGUUCUUAAACAUCCUAACAUUAUAAAGUUUUAUGAUUCUUUCGAACAUAAUGACAAAUUGUGUAUUAUAAUGGAAUAUGCUAAAAAUUGUAUUUACUAUUUAAAUAUUUUAAGCUGAUCUCUCUAUAUAUAUUAAAUCUAAAUAGCCUGAUAUUCUAAACUAUUUUACUUAGUUAUGUUUAGGAGUUUAAUAUUUACAUUAACAAAAAAUAGUACAUAGAGAUAUUAAAUUAAGAAAUGUCUUCAUUACUGAUGAUGGAAUUGUAUAUAUUUAUACUAUAUUCUUUUAAAGAUUAAAUUAGGUGAUUUUAGUAUCUCUAAAAAAUUGAUUGAUUUAUCUACAAAUACAACUUUAGGUAUUUAAAUUUUGUAAAUAAGGAACUCCAUAUUAUUUAUCUCCUGAAAUCUGUUAAUCUAAAAAUUACAAUUAUAAAACAGAUAUUUGGAAUUUGGGUUGUUUCUUAUAUGAAUUAUGCACACAAUAAAAACCAUUUUAAGGAGAAUCUCUACCUGCAAUUCUCAAUUCUAUAAUAAAUGCUUAAACUCCUUUACUUAAUGAAACAUUUCCCAAGUUUUAUUAAGAUAUCCUUAAUCUUACAUUAUAAAAAGAUCCAGAACUUAGACCAGAUAUAGAUUAAAUAUUAAAUAUUCCAUAAAUUAAAGAAGAAUAACUUAAAUUGUAAAUGCUUUAUAAAAGUAAAGGACUUUUAAAUAAAAGAAUAUGUCCUAUAGAAUGUCCAGAAUUUGAUGAUUAAAAAGAAUUAAAAUAAGAUAAAUAAUCUAUCAAUUAUGAUAUGUCAAAGAUUUUUAAAUAAUCUAUAACACCUUAAUAAAGAUAGACUUAAUUAGGAUUAUAAAAUAUAUUUUCAGAAUGUGUCUCUCCAAAUAAUAAUUACUGUUAGAUUUAGAAAAAGCCUUAUAAAAAAAUAAUGACUAUAAAUACAUAAUUAGAUGAAAAAGUGGAAUAGGAAAUUACCUAAAAAAAACCUUCUUUUGCUAAAUUGCUUUUCAAUCCAAAAACACCUACUUCUCCAAAUAGAAAUAUAUUACUAGCAGAUUUUUUGAAAAAUAAAUUAGGAUAAGAUAUUUUUUAAAGAAUGAAAGAUUUGUUGGAAAACAGCAAAGAUCCAAUAUCAUUAUUAGAAAAUAGAGAAGAAAUGAUGUAAAUUUUAGGAGAAUAAAAUUUAGAUUGUAUAAAAGUAUAAUAAAAAUAUAUUUUUAGAUUUUUAAAAUAUUGAUUUGUAAUAGUAUUACUCCUCCUAGCAGUCAUUUUAGAACAAUGAGUGCAUCUUAUCAAUUUAUUACUUAAAGAAUUAAAACAGUCAAUAAUCAUGAUGAUAAUAAUGUUGCAACAUCUGCAUGGGAUGAAUAAUUUUGA